AUGAAGCUCACUCAAGCUUUAUGUAAAUUUUUAUUUUUAGUUCUUCUAGUUAAGGCAAAAGUUAAAAGAAGAAAAUGUCCACCAGAAGCUUGGGCAGAAGGAAAAAUCGUCAAUACCAUCAUUUCGAAUUAUACGAAGACUCUUCCAGAUGCUGAAGACAGUGUAGUCGUCAACGUUGAGAUUCAUGUUCAGGACAUGGGCUCAUUGAAUGAAAUCACAUCGGAUUUUGAAAUUGACAUCCUCUUCACGCAGUUAUGGCAUGAUGGAGCAUUGUCUUUCACACAUCUUCCAGCUUGUAAAAGGAAUAUCACGGUUGAAGCUCGAGUUCUUCCCAAAAUCUGGUCACCCAAUACCUGCUUGGUGAACUCUAAAAGGACAAUGACUCACGCUUCUCCGGGUGAAAACGUCAUGAUCAUCCUUUAUGAUAAUGGAACAGUAUGGAUGAACCAUCGCUUGUCCGUUCGUUCACCAUGUAAUCUCGAUCUACGACAAUUCCCUUUUGAUGUUCAAAGCUGUAUUCUGAUAUUCGAAUCAUAUAGCCACAAUUCAGCUGAGGUCGAAUUGGCUUGGAUGGAAGAGCCUGUAACACUGAUGAAGGAGAUUCAACUUCCUGAUUUCGAUAUGGUUCAUUUUGAGACGAGAAAACGGAAUUUACUUUAUCCAAAUGGCUACUGGGAUCAACUUCAGGUUGUAUUUACUUUCAAACGACGAUAUGGAUUUUACAUAAUUCAAGCUUAUGUACCGACUUACUUGACUAUCAUUGUCUCUUGGGUCUCAUUCUGUAUGGAACCCAAAGCCUUACCAGCUCGAACAACGGUCGGAAUCUCUUCCUUAUUAGCUCUUACUUUUCAAUUUGGAAAUAUUUUGAAAAACUUACCUCGUGUUUCAUAUGUGAAAGCGAUGGAUGUAUGGAUGUUAGGUUGUAUUUCAUUUGUAUUUGGAACGAUGGUUGAAUUGGCCAUUGUUUGUUAUGUUACAAGAUGUCAAAAUAGUCUUCGAAGUGCUGAAAAACGACGUGAACGAGCACGUUCAUCUUCUGUUUGGGCAAACGGGUCAUGUAGAAGUCGAAUUGGAAAUGGACAUCUGAAUAAUGGAUCGUUACUCUCUCAUAAUGGAACGAAUGGAACUCACAACAACACAGUUGCUUACAAUCGUGGCUCUAUCAUCUCUCGGCCACCUCUAUCACCGACUCACAUUCAAAUGACAACCGUUUUCGAUUCACAAACACCGUUAACGUUCGAACAGCUUCCUACGGAUACGGACGUUCCACUUAUCGAAGAGCUUCGUACAUCCUCACCAUUACCUCCAACAGGAUGCUUGACACGUUUUCAUCCAGAAUCCAUUGAUAAGUUCAGUAUUGUGGCUUUUCCGCUAGCUUUUACUUUCUUCAACCUUGUCUAUUGGUGGUACUACUUAUCACAAACUUUUGACAAUAAUUGGAUUCCACCUGUUCCCUCAUCAGAUUGA